AUGGCGACAGCCGCCAGGAAAAGGAAUGCAUCAGAGGCGCUAGAGGAAUUGACCGGCGUCGACUCGCCAGCAUCCAAAAAAUCUCGGCUCGACAACGACGAUGAUACGGACCUUGAGGCAGGGUCUAGGGAACAAGUGCCGGAAUCAAGGCAAGUAUUGGAAAACGGCAAUGGCAACGACAGCACAAACGACAAUGGCACCAAGGCCGAAGCAAACGAGUUCGACGACGACGACGACGAUGAGAGCCCAGUAGCAACAGUAGCGCCAUUGAGACAGUCCGCCCCUACUGCAGGCUACGACGAUCUAUACCUAGACACGGUUGACCGCAACGUGCUCGACUUUGACUUUGAGAAGCUCUGCUCGGUCAGCCUAUCCAACAUCAACGUCUACGCCUGCCUGGUAUGCGGCAAGUACUAUCAGGGCCGAGGCCCCAAGUCACACGCCUACUUCCACGCACUCGACGAGAACCACCACGUUUUCAUCAACAUGCAGACGCAAAAGGUCUACGUCCUGCCCGAGGGCUACGAGGUGCGCAGCUCGUCUCUGGACGACGUCAAGUACGUCUCGGACCCGCGCUACACCAGGGACGAGGUGGCGCGGCUCGACAGGCCCGGCAAGGCGCCGACGGCGCGCACGCUCGCGGGCAAGGAGUACGCGCCGGGAUUCGUGGGCAUGAACAACAUCAAGGAGAACGACUACCUCAACGUCGUGGUCCAGGCGCUGGCGCACGUGCCGCCGCUGCGCAACUUUUUCCUACUCGAGGACCUGUCGCAGAGCCAGAGCGAGCUGGUCCGGCGAACGGCGACGCUCUUCCGCAAGAUCUGGAAUCCGCGCGCGUUCAAGGCGCACGUAUCGCCCCACGAGCUGCUACAGGAGGUCUCGCUGCGGUCCAACAAGCGCUUCACCCUGACGGCGCAGUCUGACCCCGUCGACUUUUUGUCCUGGUUCCUCAACAACCUCCACCUCGGCCUCGGCGGCUCCCGCACCAAGCCCGGGAGCAGCAUAGUCCAGCGCGUGUUUCAGGGCAAGGUCAAGGUCGAGUCGCAGGCCAUCACGGCCAAGGCCGACGCCGACGACCGGCUGCGCUUCGAGGACGCAGAGGUCAAGGUGGACAUGUCGCGCUUCCUGCUGCUGACGCUCGACCUGCCGCCCGCGCCGCUGUUCCAGGACGACGACGAGGAGCGCAGCAUCAUCCCGCAGGUAGCCCUCACCACCAUCAUGGCAAAGUACGACGGCGUCUCGGCCCAGGAGCACAUGAACCACCGCCGCCGGUACCGCCUCAUGCACCCACUGCCGCCCUACCUGAUCCUGCACGUCAAGCGCUUCAGCCAGAACAAGUUUGUGUCGGAGCGCAACCCGACCAUCGUCACCUUUGAUCCGGAGACGCUCGACGUCUCCCCUUAUGUGGAGCCCGACCCGAACCACCACCCGGCGACGGGCGAGCCCAUAAUCUACGAGCUUAUCGCAAACGUCGUCCACGAGGCCGUCAAGGCAAAGGAUGACGUUGCCGACUCGAGCGAGGAGCGCAAGACGUGGAAGGUCCAGCUGAGGGAUCGCGCCAGGGACGAGUGGAUCGUCUGCCAGGACCUCUUUGUCGACAAGAUCCGCGGGGAGCUGCUGUAUCUCGGCGAGACGUACCUUCAGGUUUGGGAAAGGAAGAGGGAUCCAAAGAGGAAAGGAAAGGCAGUGUAG